AUGUCUCUGUCUGUGCGUGAGAAUCGCACCGUGCGCUUCGUGUUUCUUGGCGCCGCCGGGGUCGGUAAAACCGCCCUGAUCACCCGUUUCUUGCACGAUCGUUUCGACUCAAAAUACACUCGCACCGUGGAGGAGUUGCAUGCACUCGAGUACGACACGGACGAUGCCAGGGUGCGCAUUGAGAUUUUGGAUACGAGCGGCAGUUACGCCUUUCCAGCGAUGCGCGCUCUGUGUAUGCGCACCGGAGACGCGUUUGCGCUCGUAUAUGCAGCCGACGAGCCUGGCUCUCUUGAAGAGGUGCAGCGACUCCGUGAGGAACUUCUGGAGGUGAAAGGGGAAAAUUUCACGGGCAUGACUGUGAUCGAGAACAAGGGGGAUCUGGGCUGUCGGAGUCGACAGGCUACCGCUGAAGUAAUGCGCACGGUGGAGAAGGACUGGAGCGCGGGGUUCGUGGAAACUUCCGCGCGCACCGGCGAGAAUGUCAUUGGGCUGUUUCGGGACUUGCUGCAACAUGUGAAGCUGCCGAGCCGUGUCAGUCCGGCACUUCACAGACGGACACAGACCAUGACAAUAGAAGCCACAGGAACGCAGAAAAUUCCCCCCAUGAAGAAAAACAACAGCUGUAUCUUGUCUUAAUGGACAUGUCACGCGACUUUGUAGAUACGCAUCAUGCUGAUGCUGGAUGGACUUGGAUUAAUAUGGACAAUGACAAUUGUAGGCUGCUCUGUUGCCUUGGCAGAGUAUUGCGUUAGCAACACAAAGGUCCUGGGUUCGAUUC